AAUACAAUAAAGGAUGGCACGAAAGAAUUGUAGUUAGCCAUGAACAAUGGAUAAGCAAUAGAAAUAUAAUUUGGGACACAUUAAUAAGUGAAGAAGCAAUUUGUGAUACUUGUGAUGUGUGUGAUGAAAAGAAAGCUGUUGUGAAGUGCAAUGAUGUACUCAGAAGAACCUUUGUUAUAAUUGUGACACUAUAAUACAUUUAGUUAACCCAUUGCAUGACCGUUCAUGUUAUCUUGAAAGAUAUCUUGAGCCAUUGACACCCUUAGAUGUAGUGAACGAAUUUUACAAAAUUGUUUCUGCUGUGAGAAUGCCAAUGUUGUAUUACCCAAAAUGUGAACGUUGUGGUGGAACAGACUUGUUGAAACAACCUUUAGAAGAUACAUGUGUUGUUCUUACAUUAAAAGGGCGAAAAAGAAUGCCUGGAAGCUCAGAAAAAUCAUUUCUUUUGUCAUUGUCGGAUAUAUCUAACAAAAAUGGUAGAAAUGGUAAGAUACAUCACAAUUCAUUUUCUCAGUCUUUCAAAGAGUGGAAUUACUGGAUGUUUGAACACAGUUCUUGCCAGAUGCAAAAUCCAUUUGAAUGUCCAUCAUGUGAAGCUUCCCAGCAUAGCUGCCAUAUUGAUGGAAACUUUAAAUUAUAUCGAUUCAAAUCCUCAGGAAGACGAAAGCGGCCAACGUAUUACAAGGGAACAUUUUUCAAGACAAAUAGUGAAGUUGAUGAAUAUUUCCAACAAUUAUAUGGUUCUGAAAGAUGUAUGAAAAAGGUCGAAGUGGAUAAUAGGUGUGGUGGAAUAUGGUCUGCAGCAAGCAUCUCAAAACGAAAUUCGAACUCUGUAGAAGAAACUGGAAUUGUUCUCAGUACAUGUCGACACAGGAUUGGGCAAAAAGUUUUAAAUAUGUUUCAAGGAGAGCUCUUUGGCUAUCCAAUGUACUUAUUAAAGAAUUACAAUUCAUUGCAGUAUUGUUUCACUGAUGUCAUGUGCAAAUUUUGGAAGUUUGUUACAUCUCAUGAACAUGCUAUUGCUUCAACAGUGACUCCAGCUUUAUCUGUCAUGCACGCUAAAGGGCAUGCAUUGUACUGUCAGGUGCUGUGGAGUGGAGAAUCGAUAAAGGGAACUGGAAGGUCAACUGGUGAAGACACUGAGCAAGUUUUUAGUUUUUUGUCAAGAUGUGGAAACACAACAAAAUACCAAACUCCUGAACAUCGUGAGGAAACAAUCACAGAAAUGAUGAUGGCGUGAAACAAAAGAAAAAUUUCAACGUUGGCUCAUGACCUUAAAAAGCGGUACCUAAAGAAUGAAACAGAAAUAGCAACAAUGUGGAAUAAUCUACAAAAUACUCUAAAACAUCUAAAAAUUACUUACAAUCCAAAACAAAUUGAACAAUGGAAAGUUGACAUCCAAACUAGUGUUGCAGGUGUAAAACUUCAUUAUAACCACAAACUAUCACACACGGAGAAACUGCUGGUGUUAUAUAAUGAAUUAAAAGAGAAUGCUUGCACGAUUGAAUUUCCCACAUCAGCACGAGCAUUUUAUUUCCCAGAUGUAUUUGGUAGUUACAAUGAAUUCAAAUCGAAAAAAGUAAAUAAGAAAGUAGAAUUUGAAUCAUUGGUGACAGUUUCUGAUUUAUCUCCUGAGCAUCUGAAGAAAUCAUAUGAAUCGUUGAAGUCAAAUGUAUGAAAACCAGUAUUACAACAAAAAAUAGAAAAGAACUUUAUGGAAAAAGUCAGCUAGGAGGUGUCACUCAAGAAAAUUGCAGAUACCAGCAAGCGUAGACAUGUUGUUAGAGCAAAACUUGCUUCUGUAAUAAACACCCUAUCAAAAGCAUUGUUUGAGUAUCGGCGUUUGUUUCCAUUCACCUGCACAAAGGAUUGUGUUUUAAACGGUUGCUUUCCAUGGACUACAAGAAAUGGAGAUUGUGUGAAUA